CUCCCCACCCCCAGUCCUCUUCUCCCGUUGCGCGCUCCCUCCUUCCCUCGUCUGGUCAAACUGCCGUCGUCUCUCGGCUCCAACCCCCAAUCUCAUUGGGCGCCGCCCAUCGGCGUUAUACUCGGUUUCCAUGUCCGCCGCCACCGCCGCCGAAUCCCAUGAGCAGCGGCGAUCGGAGGCGGUCGCGUGGCUGCGGGCGCUGCUCCGUCGGUCGUCGCUGCCGCUCCCGCCGCCGCGCGCCUCGGACGAGGAGCUCAGGGCCGCCCUCUCGGACGGCGCGCUGCUCUGCGCCGCACUCCGCAGGCUCACCCGCCCCGCUUCCUCGGGCGACGAGGGCGGAGCGGCGGCGGAGUGCGAUGUCGGGCGGUUCCUCACGACCGCCGAGCGGAUGGGUCUUCCCAGCUUCACCGCCUCGGACCUCGAGAAGGGAUCAAUGUCAGCUGUGGUUGCCUGUAUUCUUGAACUAAGGGAUCAAUUUGUGUCCCGUGCCGACGAAGGCUGGAUUAGUAGCCUUUCAGAAAAUGGCAGUGUGAACAACAUGGAAUUUCCCAGAAGGGAGAAUGGUCAGGCCACACAAAAUUCUGAAGCAAGAGAUGAGAGUCAACAAAUGGAAAUGUUGCUACAGAAGGUCUACAAAAGUCCAGCUAUGUCAGAACCAUCAUCUCCUAUAUCUUCUAUUUCACGGCAUGCUGGAAGCAAUUUUCAUGAAGUCUUCCAACUGAGACUAGGAGGCUAUUCUGAUCUGCCUAGUUCUAGAAUUUCAGAUAUGAUGAAAUCCACCAGCUUGAACAAUGCCCCUACUCAGUCACUUUUGAGUGUUGUGAAUGGCAUCCUUGAUGAGACUAUUGAGAGGAACAAUGGCGAAAUUCCUUAUAAUCUUGCUUGCUUGUUGCGAAAGAUCGUACUAGAGAUUGAACGGCGUAUUUCUACGCAGGCAGAACAUAUAAGAAAUCAAAAUAACCUUAUGAAAGCACGUGAAGAGAAGUAUAGAUCAAGGAUAAGGGUGCUUGAGGCACUAGCAAGUGGGACAAGCGGGCAAAAUCAAAUACAAGUAAGCUCAAGUGCAACAAAUGGAAAAGCACAUAUUGGUGCAGACCCUGCAGGCCAGAUGAAGGUUGAUUUCUCACCUAACAUGGAGAAAGACAAAUUUGAAGAGAAAAGACGAUUAGUUGAGGAUGAUCUGACAAAGGUGAUAAAGGACACGGAAGAUGUAACUAGACUGACAAAGGAUAAGGAAGAAAUGGCUAGAUUGUUGACUGACAAGGAAGACAUAAUUAGAUUAAUGAAAGAGAAGGAAGAAAUGGUUAGGUUGAUAAAGGAGAAGGAACAUAUGGUAAUCAUGAAGAAUGGAAAGGAUGAAAACAGAAAGGCAGAUGAACAUAUAGCUAAGCCAAUUAUGUACAAGGAUGAACUCAUUAGGUUGACAAAGGAGAAAGAGAACACCAAAUAUACAAUUUCGAAAUUAAACCUGGAAUUAGAAGCUAUGAAAUCAUCAUAUGAAGAGAGUCACAGCCUGUUAGAAUCUAAGAAGGAAGAUGUACUUACGCUUCUGAAGGAUAAGGAGAUCAGUGGCAAUGUAAUAUCACAACUCAGGCAGGAGCUUGCCAUAGCAAGGGUAUCACAUGAGAGACAUAUUCAAGAAUUGAAGACUAUGGCUUUGCAGGAAAAUAUGGAGUUCGAGCAGAGGAUAAAGGAAGUAGAACUAAUGCUAGAAGAUUCUACAAAGAGAGGAAGAUAUCUUGAGGAAUUGUUGGAAUCAAGAAUCCAAACUUGGGAGCAGAAGGAAACCAUGCUGCAGCGAUUUGUAAGUCUACAAAUACAUAUUAUUCAGGAUUUGAGGUUGUCUUCUAUUUCCAUUAGGAAUGAAACCCAGAACUGCCAGAAAAGAUGGUCUGAAGAACUUAGUUGCCUUGGAAAAAGGCUUAAGGUAUUGACAAAUACCGCAGAGAAGUAUCAUGCUACUCUUGAAGAAAACAGAAAAUUGUUCAACGAGGUUCAGGAAUUAAAAGGAAAUAUAAGGGUCUAUUGCCGGAUAAGACCUUUUCUUCCUAGAGAGGCUCGAAAGUCUAGUACAAUUGAAUUUAUCGGUGAUAAUGGUGAACUGAGUUUAGCAAACCCUGCAAAAGUUGGAAAGGAAGGGAGCAAGUUGUUCAAAUUUAACAAAGUUCUUGGUCCCAUUGCUUCUCAAGAUGAGGUAUUCAAGGACAUUCAACCACUAAUUAGAUCAGUUCUUGAUGGGUAUAAUGUGUGCAUUUUUGCAUAUGGUCAAACUGGAUCAGGAAAAACCUACACAAUGACUGGACCCGAAUACGCAACUGAGAAGGAAUUGGGUGUCAAUUUCAGAGCUCUGAAUGACCUGUUCAUUAUAUCACACAAUCGAAGAGAUACAAUAAUGUAUGAAGUUAAUGUUCAAAUGAUUGAGAUAUACAACGAGCAAAUCCAUGAUCUCUUAGGCAGCAAUGGUUCAGAGAAGAAAAUAGGGAUUUUGAAUGCCAGCAAACUCCAUGGGCUUGCUGUUCCUGACGCAACAAUGCGUCCUGUCAACUCGACUGCUGAUGUUAUUGAGUUAAUGAGAACAGGACUUGAGAACAGAGCUGUGGGUGCGACGGCACUGAACGAAAGAAGCAGCAGAUCUCACAGUGUUGUCACUGUACACAUUCAAGGUGUAGAUUUGAAAAGUGGAGCUACUUUGCAUGGAGCUCUACAUCUUGUUGAUCUUGCUGGAAGUGAAAGGGUGGACCGUUCUGCUGUUACAGGCGAUAGACUCAAAGAAGCACAACACAUCAACAAAUCUUUGUCUGCCCUUGGAGACGUCAUAUUUUCCUUAUCACAAAAGACUGCUCAUAUACCAUACCGGAACAGCAAACUUACACAAGUCCUGCAAAGUUCUUUGGGUGGCCAUGCAAAGACCCUGAUGUUUGUGCAGAUCAAUCCAGAAGUCUCAUCCUUUUCAGAGACUUUAAGUACUUUGAGGUUUGCUGAAAGAGUGUCUGGAGUGGAGCUAGGUGCUGCAAAAGCCAAUAAAGAGGGCAAAGAUAUCAGAGAAUUUAAGGAACAGCUCUCACUGCUGAAAGAUAAGAUCGCAAAGAAGGAUGAGGAAAUCAAUCAGCUACAGACUCACUCUCCAAGGAUAAGGACACCGAAACAUGCUGAUUCCUUACUGAAACAUUCGUCCUCCUCCCCAGGCAUAUCAUCUCUAGGAAGCAAAAUCCGACAUCGAAGAACGGCAUCUAGUGGAAAGGCAAUGAGCAUCAGGGCAGACUCCGAUGCUGAUAACUUCUCUGAGAUCAGUGACAUGCAUUCUGAAGCUGGUUCUAUGCAGUCUGUUGAUGAUAUGCAGCAGCAGAGGGGAAUAAUGGUAGUUUCGAAGCACUCAGAAGGUGAGAUGGGUCAACAUUUAGCUGAUCCUGAGCUUGCCGGCUUUGGCUAUGCUGACUCAGAGGAGAGAUUAAGCGACAUAUCAGAUAGUGGCCUUUCAAUGGGUACAGAAACCGAUGGUUCAGUAAGUAGUGUGGUUGAGUUUGCUCUCUUCCCGGAGCAGGAAAAAAUAUGUAGCACUCAGAAAGAACAAGAGAAAGCACAUAAUGCUCCAAAAGAUCAGUUAUAUAAGGUGGCCACUAGAAUCCAGAAGACAACAACACCAAAAACGACUCCAUCAUCUAGUUUGUGGCCCAAAUCAAGGGAUUCUUCCCCUAGAUCUCCAGCGUCAACAAGCACGCGAAGAAGCACUAUCAUACAAGCAACUUCCUCACCAGGAAUCUCAAAUACUCCGAAGCGAUGGAAUUAACUCAUUUGAUAAUUUUUGUUCCCAAUUGGUUUUCUUUUUUGUACAGCAUAUUCAGAAAACAUCUUUUAGCUUGAUGGUUGCUAUUGAUGUUGUUCACUGGUUUUCUUUGUCGAUUGGUGAACUGUUACAUCAAAAAAAAUUCACUAUCCUCUCUAGUGAGGAUGUAAAUGUUGUUGUACAUAUGAUAUUUAUGUGACAAUCAUUGUUGAGUAGCUUUGCUUAUUUAUCCAGAAAAUACUAUAAAAAUAUCCUUAAGUGUGA